CAAGGAGAUGGGAGGAGAACAAGGGCAGCUGGCCUAAGCUGUCCAAAGAGAUCUUCAGUACCACUUGACAUCAUGAUGAAGGAAAAUCUGAGAAAGGGGGGACUUCACUGGGCAGGCUGGUACUACUCAAGGUUGCCUUGCCUUGCAAGCGAGAUGAAACUGGUCCAGAGAGCUAAUGGAGUCAACGGGACAUUUGAAGCACAUAAGGGAUGCUCAUGUCGUUAGAACAGCAGAGGGUCAUGGAACUGAUUGAAUGCCACAUUGUCACCAGGAGAUAGCAGUAAAAAGUGCUGAGAGCUGCAGCAAUGAAUCCAGCGCAAGCAUUCAUUUCAAGAACACAGCUGUAGGUCACAAAAGAAUAUAAAGGUGAACAAUUUGCAUAACCUUGUCUACAGCUAAAGCUUGCUGAGCUGUUAGUUAAAGAAUAAGAAAAUGUAGACUUAAGAGAAACAGUAGCUGAUAAAAUUUGUCAUCUUUUGAUUGAAUCUUUUUGCUUCAAGUUAGCUAAACGACCACUAGGAAGAAAUUGACCUUUGCAAGUCUUCUAAUGCAGAGGCAGCCACAGGCAUUAUUUUUCUUGAUUUCUACACGUUAAAUGACAGAUACAAAUCAAACAUAAUCAGUGUUGAAGGCAAAGGUAUCCUUAAGUUCAGCCUUGGAUUAAGCAGUAUGCCACCUUGCCCAAUAUAAGCUGGAACAGACUCAAGACUCAUUGACAUUAAUCAAGUGCUCUUUGAGCUAAUGCAUGCAGAGCACUGUCCUGCUUGUGUGCCUUUCUCAAGUGCAUCACUGUUACUGACUCUGCUGCCUGGGGAAUCUGAAAGUCCCAAAACUUGUGCAAGGGCAGCACAACAAUCAGCAGAGCUCUUCCUGAACUUGGAGCUUUCAUCUGAUCCAUUCAUGAUGAUAAGAGGGAUUCACAUGCCAUCUGCCUGGCCCUGAAAGGAUAGCAGCUGAUAUAAACCAGUGCUGUUGUCAGCUGUCUUGUGCCAAAAUGAAGGUAACUGCCUCCAAAAGACCUCUUCCAUGUAAAGACUACUCACUCCAGAGCCAUCUUUGUGCAAACAAAAGAGUGAGAGUAUGGAUGUCAUCCUGCACUGUGACUACUUCAUCCUCUAACUACGGUGAGACAACUGAUAUUAAAGAGAAUUUGCACUUUCACGGACCUGGUGCAGAAUGAAACAUCAACACCAAAGCUCUACCCUGGGAUGUAUUAAAUGUUCCCAUGAUCAAUUCUUGCCUGGCUAUGAAGGACUGUGGGUUAGUACAGGACUCAUGUAGAGUUGAAUUGCUGCAUUGCCACAUUUCGAGCCAGAAGCAACAUCAGUACUGACAAUAAGGAGGACAGGAUGCUGGAAGGCUGGAUCCCAAACAGGUGUCCAAUCACAAUUUGCUGCAUGUCAGUCACAGAAGAAGCAACUGAAAUAGCACACAGGCAAUACAAAUUUACAGAUUUAACUCAGUGAACAAUGAACAUGGCCAUUCAUGUUCUCCACAGCGAAGACAGUUACUCAGAAUGAAGCUGAGAACCACUUGUAAGCAUCAGAUUACUGACCCUGUUUGCGUGAGCAUGGCAAUUGCUCACUGUCCUGUAUCCAAAAGAAGUCAUGUAUCUCUGACAAAGAGGGAGUCUUCAAACUCUAAAGCAGUUUAUCUGGAAUUUAUACUGGAAAUCCCAGCAACUCUUCUCUACAGUAAUGUGCUAGGGUUAUUUAAGGAAAGAAAAAAACAAUGCCUUUGUGGAUGCUAUUUCUGAAGAGCGAUGCUACAGAAAAAAAACAUUGCGUCCAAACUCAUUUAGUUACCCAUUUGAAAUGAUCUGUAAUGGGAGAAAAUAUUGUAUUCCUUUUUUUAAGAAUGAAUUUGAGAGGGAUGAACCCUCUGCUUAAGUGACUACAGAUUUAAAGAGAAUAUCAUAUAUAGUCUGGAAGAAAAAAAAUUUAUUGUCCUUUUCCAAAAGUUGUUGUAUUCACACAGAGCUAAAACCUCUGUAAAUCUUUCCAUGCUUUCUAGACAGUUGUAAGCAGUUUGUAAGUCUCCUGUAAAACUCAUACAGCAUCUUUGACUUCAGUGGAAGUAUGACUGAUUUGUUAAACUUAAUUUUAAUUAGAAAUAUUUCUAAAGGGAUGUGUAAACACAGUAAUGAUGGGGUGUGUGCUUAAUCUCUUUUUCUUCUGUUUUCUCUUAUGCUGUCACUUUAGGAACAAGUGGAAUUUACUGGGAUAUACAAAAUUGAUUUGCCAUGGUGUGUACAUUACAAGAAUUUAUUAUGAUUAUACAAUACUACUCACUACGGGAUAUUGGAAUGCGUAUUGUUUUUGUUGUUUCUUUUUCUUUAAACAAAUAGUAAAAUAGAUUUUAUUUAUUUAUUUAUUUAAUUUUUUUUGUGUCAUCAAAUGCAUCACCCUGUCAUAACAACAAAAUUUAGGACAGGCUAUGGUAUUUCACACAAUUUAAUACAUCUGGAAUGAUCCUAUUUGAGUUGAUGAAACUGCCUGAGGUUAACAAAUUUAACUGUUGAUUUGCUCUAGAUUUACAACAGUGAAGCUGAGAUUACUUUUUAAUUCUAAUGAGAAAGGAGUUUAUUUUAGUCCGGUGUGUGAUACAUUUCAGUGAUUGAUAUGUUUAUACUUAAAAUUGCUAUGAAAAUUCUGUAUGUACCCAAUAUAAUUUUUAAUUCCCUUUCUGGGACUUUAAAUACAGCUAACAAUUUCUUUAAAAAUAUUUACAUAGGUUGUGUACACUUUUCAUGCUCCAAGCUGCUGAAAAGGCAUUCCAUGGUACCACUGUAUACAUACCUAGCAUUUAUGUGGGUUUAUUAUAUAUAUGGGGGUAGUGAAAAAGAAUCACCUCCACAUAACAAUCAGUCAUGUCAAAAAGCGUACAGCUUGGAUAAUUGACCUGUUUGAAGCAUAGCAGACAGAGACUGGAUCCAGAAAAGCUUAAAUCCUUACACUACAAUACAUAGAGUAUUAAAAAGAAAUGUAAAGCUCCAUGAGAACUUUCCUUUUGAUUUUCAGCAUCAGAUAUUUCAGAAUCCUACACCCAGUUCUAGAUAAACCAAAGCUUUUAUUUCUGUAAAUCACCCUAUCAAUUUCAGUUUGCUCAAAACUCACUUGUGUUGGAAAAUAGUUUGCAACAAGAGUGUCUGUAGAUUACAGAAUUCAGAAUAUCUCAUGCAACUGAAAACUGCUCAGAGAAAGCAAUAAUCAUGGAAAAUUGUUGACAGAAUCUAUAAACUGCAAACACAUUUUAUCAGUCUGACUUUCUUCCAGAAACGAGCACACUGUUAUGAGCCACUGAGGGCCCAGCUGUCAUUUUCUCUUCAGUCUCCAAAUAAAUGAAUGAGAAUUGGAGAUCUUGAAAUAAUAUCACAAGGAAGUAAACGCAAACAAUUUUUUUAUUUCAUUUAGUUGGCUACUACUGGAAGCUUGAGUUGCUUCAUAAAGAUUUUUGAGAAAUAAUUCUGCACUGACUAUAUUCUAUAUAGUGCUUAGUAUCUCACCAAAACAGACAUGUAUGUGGUUUGAUAGGCCUGAUUCAGAGCUCAGCACAGUAUAAAUCUAGGGGCAGUUCAUUUAAACAUAAUGCUAUAUCACUUGUGUAGAGCUGGUAAAAUAACAGUUAGUAGAAGUUAUAAUGUACAACAUUAAUUUUAGAUUCCAUUACUGUUUUUUUGUUUGUUUUUCUUCUCAGAAACUGUAUAUUCCGAUCAAAUUAUAGGAUAAAUUAUUGCAAUAUUACUGUUGUAAAUUAUACUCAAUCUGUAGUCAAAUUAUUAAUCUGGUUCUUCAGGAUUUCAUUAUUUUUUCUCCUAAGUGACUGUUUAGCAAUAGAAUAAUAACCUCCAGAUGUCUCAACAGAAAGCCUUGAAUGAGAAGUGCUAUCUAAGUGUAACUAAAAUCAAUACUUCAAUAUUGAUGCAUGUUGACAUUGUAUUUAGGAGCCUGUGUUACAUAUUAUUCUAUAUACAUGCACAAAAAUGUAAUGUGCAAAAUCUGAAAUUUGCAUUUGCUUUAGAAUUAUAAGACUGAGAAAGUUGUCUGUUGCAACAAAAACCCUUGUUUGUUUGUUUGUUGUUUAUCUUAGUGAUAUGAACUACAUAAACUCUGGCUUUUUGUGUUUUACCCUUACGUUUCUAUGUGUGCAUGUCUAUUUACAUCUUUUGGGAAAGGUUUGUAAUGUAAGUAGCAGUUAGGUUUUUAAUUCAUCUAGUUUGAGUUUUAGUUUGUUCUUGAUAAUAUAACUUAAUAGCUUGUUAGUGAUUUAUUUAUAUACAUAUACUGUACCCCAUCAAUCUUUUUACUUAUACCACCUAGUGAUACUCAAUUCUGGAAAAAAAUUUAUCUUAAGAUUACUUUUUUUUUGGUAUGGAUCAAAAAUCACUUGCAAUCUGCAGAGACUGUUGCACGUAUCAGCAAACCGCUUUUCCUUUUGUGGCUACAGUAUCACAGAAGCCAGUAACUGAUGAUGCAAGAAAAUAAUAAUAAUAAUAAAAACAAAAACCAAACCAAACCAAACCAUAAACAACAACAACAAAACCAACCAACCAAACAAACAAAAACAACAGCUCAACAACUUAAUUUUGCAUUUACUAACUGGGGAUAGGAUCUGUUGGUAUGUUGUGAUCUGCUGCCCAUGAAGACUGUACACAUUGUACUGGGUUAGCAACUUCUGAACUUUUCCAUUUUUUGUUUAAAUCUAUCCUAUCUAUCUUUAACUUUGAAAUGUAACAAAUAAGUGUGCUUAGGACAUUUUAUGCUCGGAAUACAUAUGACAAAUGCAACUUUCUGUACUUAGGGUGAACUAAUCCCCUGCAGUACGAUAAGAUGGAAAAUUGACAUACUGGGAACUGCUGUAGCUGAAAAGUGAAACCUGGAGGUCCUGAUGGACCAUCAAGUGAGCAGGAAACAGCAGUACACUCUGAUAGUGUCCUGGGCUGUAUCAGCUGCAGCAUGGCUGCUAGACUGAGGGAACUGAUUACUCCCCUUACUGAGAUCUUCUUAGACCAUAUCAAUAUACUAUUGAGUCCAGUUUUUGUUGUUGUUGUUGUUGUUGUUGUUGUUGUUUUUGUCUACCUAUCCCAGUACAAGAUACACUUCAGCAAACAUGGUACACAUGGAGCAACACCAAGCUGGCCAGGGUUGGAGCACUUGCCCUGUGAGCACAGCUUAAGGAGCUGGACCUGGGCAUGGUGUCUGUGUGUAUCCUAACAUCUUCCUGCCCAUAGCAAGGCCACGGAGAAGAUAAAGCCAAGCUCCUCACAGCACUGCAUGGUGGGAAGAUGUAAAGAAUUAAAUGGAGCAAGGAAGAUUCAGAGAAGAUAUAAGGAGAAAACUUAUCUCCAUGAGGACAGUCAAACACGGGCUGAACAAGAGAGCUACACAGGCAAAAAAUUAAAUUCACUAGUAACUUUGAGGACAUCCAGGUAAGACUGCCAAAGCUUUCAACUCACAUCUGACUUAAGGUACCAUGAUAAAUUUCAGCCUCAGGCUCAGUAUUUAGCAAUUGUCACAGGGCAGACUCAAGAGAGAACUGAGCCGCUGAAUCCACAUACACAAAGGAUAUGAAAGAAUAUUCCAGGGGAUAUCAAAAGCAGAUCAGAGUAGAAACCAUCCACAUUAUUACACGUGACGGGUCCACAGGACUGCAGUAAUGGCAGCUGCACAACAGCAGGGGGGAGAUACUGCAUGAACUAAUUUCAAGUGAAAGCAGAGUAAAACAACAAUAAACAAAAGAUUAAGAAGUGGCCAGGCCUUUUUUAGAGUAAAAUAUGUGAACAGUCCCAUAGCUGAGAGAAUCAUAGGCUCUGCUGGGCAUUCCAUGGAAUUGUUUGUACAGAGAGCUGUGUGCAGAUUAUUCCCACUGUGUCCAGUUCAUCCUUCUUUCUCUGCCAGCAAGGGAGCUACAGCUGUGGUUUGAUCUCUGGUCUGGUCUGUGCGUGACCCAUCACCCUAAAGUGUGGCACAUAUGCGCACUCCUGUCGAAAGCUUAAUUUUUAAAGCCAAGAAUUUAACAGGGUUUAAAAAGAAACAGGAAAUUUACAUCAGUAUUUGGAGCACUGAUGCACUUCAAGAUUUAAGAUGGAAGAUUAAUCUGUAAUUCCUGUGGGGAUCCCACACAGACUUCUGGAGCACUUGAGCUGCUGUCAGCAUCACACCCAGGAUACAGGGUUCAAUGAACUCUGAUGUUGAUAUGGUACAGCAAUUACAUAUUCUUAACUCUUCCCUAAGGAAUCGGGGUAGCUCACUCUGACCCUUAUAGUAAGUCUGAUGUACUUGUAGAUUAUGUGCUGGUCUGAAACCAUCCUGUGUAAUUAAUGAGAUCAUUAUAGGGUAACAAUUAAGUGUCUUUUUGCAUGUUCAGAUUGCAGAAGCAUGACAGAAUGGCUCUAGAGACCCACUCUACAGAAAAAUAACUCCUAUCUUCAAGCUGGCCAGAGAUUGUUCCACAACCACAGAAGUGCUGGGGAGAAGAAGAAACAGAGAAUUUACUUCUUAGCUAUAGUGACUAUUUCCAAACCUGACAACUGAAUUUUAAAAUACAACUAUGUGUUAGUAUAUGCUAAAACUCUUUUGCUCCAUUAAAAUCACAGUGAGUGUCCUGCAUAUAAAGCUACACAUGGGAAAGUUGACAGCACUCUGUUCUUAAGAAAGAAAAAGAAUUUAGAACAGGUGCAGCAUUAUGAUCUUCAGAAUGCUAUUAUAGAAACAUGAAUAAUGUCAUUCAGAAGGUUAGCCAUCUGCUUUCUGAGUAUCUGUCAGUGAUGUAGUAACAUCAAUGUAAAACUGAUGCAUGGGGGUGUCUCUGCAGUGUUUUAACAGAAAGCUUGUGCUUUUUGUGAAGCAAAAUAUGUUCCAUUGUCAGUUUGUUUUUCAUAGGCAUGUGUAGAAUAUGUAUUUUGUAAAUAUUGUAUAGAUGAUUAUAGUGUGAUUUAGUUGUGCAGUUUGCAUCCUAUGUUAUUGAGUUUUAACACAACUUCUUGUGCAAGAUGAAAACUGAAAAUUAGCUUUUUUAUGAUGUAGGAUAGUUUUACAGAAAUUGAAUAUCUAUGAGAUAUAAAAUGUUAGAGUAGUUCAAAAUUCAGACACUAACUACAAAUAUGAUACUUUCAGAGCAUCUGUUCUGACAUAGGCUGUAAGUUAACCUAUAAAAUGUGGGUUAAGUGUCAGCACGUAAAGAAAGAAAACAUGAGAGGAGGGCAAACUAACUUUUAAAAGCAGCAAAGCCUAUCGGUGAGAGUCAGCACUUACAGAGCAGUGCUAUACUAGAUUUAUUAACAAGCUCUUUGAAAAUGACAGAAAUACCACCUUUUAAUGUUGCAAAUAACAAGUAAAUCUGUCUUUACAGGGACAAAACAUUUUCAUUAUCGUGCAGAGAAUAAAACCUUCCUAGAAACUGACAGGAAACAAGGAAAAUGAAGUGAAAAGCCAUCCAGUACAUAAAAAAUGCAAUAGCUGCCUGGAAUUAUAAAAAUGAUUGAGACCCAGAAGCUUUCCUUAUUUUGUUUCCAGCUAAAUUCCAACCUUGCACAUCAGCAAAGGGCCUGCUUCAGAAUCAGCUGACACCAGUGGUGUUAGUGACAGUGAUGUCAGUAAGAUGCUCCUUUUUUGGGCUUUGGAUCUGGCAUAUUGUCAUCCCCACUUCCCACUUUGACCAAUUUGCUUGUUUGCAGAUGGUGAAAACUGAUGUAUCAGCCUCGUUCAUGUUUCCCACUGGGCACCAAGAAAUGAAAAGGCAAAACACCAGCUCUACAGUGUCUGGAUGCCUGCUGCCGCUGUACCACCAUGCUAACAGAAAGAAGGAAAAAGUUUUUUUGGUCUUCACAAGCUGUUCUAAAUAAGAAUGCUUCUAGUUACAAAUACUUCUCUCAGCUACCCCAAGCUAUAGUGAACUGUUCCACACUCUCACACAGUUUUGCACCUGGCAGACCACUACCAUAUAUCUUUCUCCUCCUCAAUACAAGCAGUUGGAAGAGUUAAAGAUCUAUUGAUUCAGUCUUCUGCCUUCCUACGUGGAAGUCUGUACAGCAAAAGGGAGAAAUCAUCCUGACAUCUGAAAACAGCUGCUGUCCUCCCCGAGCUGCAGUUUCUGCUAGCAACCUGCUCCUGUGUGGGAUCCUCUCCAUGUGCUGCUGCUCAGUCCUGGAUCCUGCUCCAGAGUGGGCUUUCUGUGAUCUGCAGCUUCCUCCAGGGGACAUCCACCUGCUCCAGCAUGGAUUCCUCCAUGGCUGUCGUGUGGAAAUCUGCUCCACUGCAGGCUCUCCAUGGACUGUUCUCCCCUGAGCAUUGCAGGGCCACUCCUCAUCCCGCUCUCCUCACUCCUCCUUGCCAUGUGAUUUGUGCAGUCCCCUACCCAGGCUGACUCCAGGCACCCCAGGGUAGCUGCAGGCCCCUGCCCUGCCCUGUGCUGUGCUGGGACCAUUGCAGUCUGCUGGAAUCACCUGUGACAGGACAUAAUGACCAAUUUUGCAUUUCUCUGCUUUUCUUAUUUUUUAUCUGGGACAGAAACUUUAACACUUCCUUUAUGAAGAGAUUUCUUCAUUUUGCGUGUCUUGUUCGUGAAUAUGAAUACUCAGAAAUGUUGAAAAAAAACUCUAUUAAGUUUUAUGGUGUAAUUAAUUGAUAGGCGUCUCCUGUAAAUAAACAAAUGUUCCUUCCAACCCCUGCAAUUCUGUGAUUCUGUGAUUCAUGUGAAUUAUUACCCUCAUUUUCAGAUUAUUUCUGUCUUAUGACAGUCUCUGUUGGUACAAGCUUUCAGGACAGAAAUGAAGCUGAGAAAAUCAUCUCAUGAGGAAUACAUUCCUCUUAGUUACUAUGAAAUUUUGUUUGUUUCUCUGCUUGCACUUUUUGUGUGCGUCUGUGUGGGGCUGACUGUACUUUCAUGGUUAACAAUCAAGGAGUUAGAACGAGCUCAAACUGUUGGAAAUAGUCAUGGCUACAUGGGAACAUUUAAAAUAAUUUCUGGGACAUCAUUCAUUCCUGCUUUGCAAGAUAAAUCAUCAGGCGACUUCAAAGUCCUUGCCUUUGAUGUUGAACAAUUGAUACAAGAAAUUUUUCAAGCAAGUGAUUUGAUAAAUAAAUUUGAGAGAUGUGAAAUUUUCCAGUUCAAGAACCCUGAAGAGGGUGAUGAAAAUUUCAAGACAUCUCAAACAGGUGUUGUUGUGAUCUUCAGCCUUUAUCUUACCCAGAGGGUAACAGUUGAGAAAAUAAGAAAUGAGUUACUUUCAGGUAUCAAAGCAAAUGCAACUGAACUUUCUCAAACCUUGAAAAUUGAUGUGAACAGCAUACAAAUCACAGUGGUUGCUGAAAAUCCUACUACAAUGCUGCCUUUAACUUCAUCAGAUCCUGUGAGUCUAAUUACAAGUUCUCUGACAUCAACUCCAGAACAACUCACCAUAAGUAAGGCUGCAACAACCUCAUUUGAGUGCUUGCCACUUGCUGAAGUUUGUGAUGAUGGAGUAACCUGCAUUAGAAAGGAUUUAUUUUGUGAUGGAAUCUUGGACUGCCCAGAUGGUUCAGAUGAAUCUGAAAAAAGAUGUGCUGCAGUUUGUGAUGGAAAAUUCAUGCUGACCGAUUCCUUUGGGUCUUUUCACUCUAUGAAUUAUCCAAAACCGUAUAAUGCAAAUAUUGUUUGCCAAUGGAUUAUACUGGUGCCUCAAGGGUUAUCCAUUAAAGUGAACUUCACUUCUUUUGAUACAGAACAAUUUAUGGACAAUUUAAAUAUUUUUGAAGGUAUAGGACAAAACAAGACUUUAAGAGCUUCUCUCUCAGGGUCUUCUCCUGAGACAGUUCACAUUUUUUCUCAUGAGGCUACAGCCAGGUUUACAUCUGAUUAUUCUGAAAACUACAAUGGCUUUAAUGCAACAUAUACUACAUUUAAUGCAAGUGAACUAAAAAAUUUCGAGAGAGUCAAUUGCACUUUUGAAGACGGCUUUUGUUUCUGGGUACAAGAUUUAGAUGAUGAUUUAGACUGGGAAAGACAUCAGGGCCCUACCUUUCCCUUUAUGAGUGGUCCUGAUUUUGAUCAUACAUUUGGCAAUGUGUCAGGAUUCUAUAUUUCAACACCCACAGGACUUGGAGUUGGAGAAGGAAGAGUUCGAAUUCUAAGUUUGCCUUUGUUCUCUUCAAAUCCAUCUUGUCUAAGUUUUUGGUAUUACAUGUACAGUCCUAACAUUUACCGUUUAUGCAUUAGCAUAAGAAAUGAAUAUGGUCUGGAAAAGAUAAUUUUCCAGAAAGAAGGAAACUAUGGAAAAAACUGGCUUUAUGGACAAGUAACUUUAAAUGAAACAUCUGAUUUUAAGGUUAUAUUUGAGGCCUUUACAAGGAUUGCUCCAAGUGAGAUUGCCUUGGAUGAUAUUAGCCUGACAGAGGGAAAGUGUAAUGAAAGUAAUUAUGUAGAGCCAACUGCAUUUCCAGUUGCCACUACUACCCCUUCAUUUCCCACUGACUGUGGAGGUCCAGUUGAGCUCUGGGAGCCAAACAGUACAUUCAGCUCUGAAAAUUUUCCAAACAAUUAUCCUAAUCAAGCUUCUUGUGUAUGGUACUUAAAUGCUGAGAAAGGAAAAAACAUUCAACUUCAUUUUCAGGUUUUUGAUCUGGAAAAUAUUUAUGAUGUUGUUGAAAUCAGAGAUGGCAGAGGACAAGAUUCCUUACUUUUGGCUGUCUAUACGGGAAACCACCCAUUGCCAGAUGUCUUCUCUACAACAAACCAGAUGACAGUAACUCUUCUUACGGACAAGUCUGCAACAAAUAAAGGAUUUCUUGCAAACUUUACUACUGGCUACCAUCUAGGAACUUGUGCACCUGAAGAAUAUCAAUGUGGAGGUGGAGAGUGCGUACCAUGGGAUAACCUUUGUGAUAAGAUACCUCAGUGUGAAGAUGGCUCUGAUGAAGCAAAGUGCAUGAGAUUGCUUAAUGGUUCUGCAAGCACCAACGGACUGGUACAGGUCAGGAUUGGGAAGGCAUGGCACCUGGCAUGUGCAGAUGAUUGGAAUGAAAAGAUUUCAGACAGUGUUUGCCAGCAGCUGGGGUUAGGAAAUUCAAAUAUGUCAUCAACUGUGUUAUUCACUGGAGAUGGUCCAUUUGCCAACAUCACUGAAGUAGCUAAUCACAGCCUAAUAUUUACAAAAAAAGAACAUUGUUUAAACAACCUCGUGAUUCAUCUGCAGUGUAACAUUAAACCUUGUGGAAAACGCCUGGAAAUUGAGAACAAAGGAACGAGGAUUGUAGGUGGAAGUGAUGCCAGAAGAGGGGCUUGGCCUUGGAUUGUCUCACUUCAUUUUAAUUCCAGACCUGUUUGUGGAGCCUCCCUUGUCAAUGAGGAAUGGCUGGUGACAGCAGCACACUGUGUAUAUGGGAGACAAUUACAGCCAUCUAUGUGGAAAGCAGUUCUUGGCUUGUAUGACCAGUCGAAUAUGGCAGACACUUCAACAGUAGUUCAAAACAUUGAUCAAAUAGUUAUAAAUCCUCAUUAUAGCAAGCUUAGAAAAGACAGUGAUAUUGCUCUGAUGCAUCUUCAAUACAAAGUUCAAUAUACAGAUUACAUACAACCUAUCUGCUUACCAGAAAAAAAUCAUCAGUUUCUCCCAGGAAUUAACUGCUCCAUCGCUGGCUGGGGUGCUGUUAGAUAUGAAGGUCCUACUUCAAAUAUAUUGCAAGAAGCAGAGGUCCCUCUCAUUUUAAAUGAAAAAUGCCAGGAAUGGUUGCCAGAAUAUAGUAUUACUGAGAAUAUGAUCUGUGCAGGCUAUGACAUGGGAGGAGUAGAUUCCUGUCAGGGGGAUUCAGGAGGCCCUCUGAUGUUUGAAGAUGGUAACCAAUGGGUUUUGGUAGGUGUAACAUCAUUUGGCUAUGAGUGUGCACUUCCCCAACGACCAGGAGUGUACGUUCGGGUCACUAUGUUUGUGGACUGGAUCCAAAAAAACAUGUAUUACCUUGACAUUUCUUAACAACAGAAACAGAAGUUAAAGAUUGCAAGUAAGUCACUGCAGAAUAAUACAAAACAGACUGGCAUUCAAAACUCAUAACAAGGGAAUCUGAAAAAAAUACGAUUCAAAGUGCAGUCUGGUUUCAAAUUUAGGAAAGGAAAACAUUAAUAACUGAAAAUUCCCUUUAUCAAUUGAGAGGAAUAUUUCAAAUGAGAUAGAUUCUAUGCUUUUGUUAAUAGUUUUAGCAGUUUACUGUUUGCUUUAUAUAAGAGGUAAUUCUGCUGUCAGUCCAUGGUUUGGGAAAACAGUUUAUUUGAACAUCACUGUAUUAAAUGUAUAGUGGGGAUUUUAUAAAGUAUGACAGGGAAGAAAGAAAGAAGGAAAGGAGGGAAGGAGGAAGGAUUUUUCAAACCACUGAUGCUUUAUUGAAAAAUGGCCUAAAUUGUUAAUUUCGGGAUAAAUAUGAUCUAUUUUUAUGAUUUUACACUACAUUUCCCAAUGUGCAUUUUCAUGUCAAUGCGCAGUCAAUUCUUCUCAGUAACUGCCACAUAUCAAAAUGAAGGUAUAUGUUAUCGGUUGAAACUGGGCUCAUGAGAGUUCUCGUAUCUUGCCUGUUACAAAAAGCUCUAAAAUGAAGUUUGUGGAUUGUGAAUAAUGGUUGAUUAUGUAUCAUGCUGCUUUAUAACAAGCAAAGUGAAUGUAAGAUAAAAGUUCUCUCUGGUGUAAUUUGUUUGCUUUUCAGUUUUCCUUUUGUGCAAGACUUUUGACAAUUAUUCAAGUAAUUAUAGAUAUAACCUUGCGUGGACCUUUGAAGAGAUAUGCAAUAUACUGCAACUUCCCCUCAUAUAUGUGUUUUAACAACUGACAAUAAUGAGAAUCAGCCAUUCAUGGUGAAUAAAAUGUAAUUGGGUUCACUUGACAUUUUAUGCUUUUUCUAUAUUGGGGGGGUUUAAUAAUGAUUUUGUGUUUUGUAUAGACUCUAUCCUGAUUGCUUAUUAACAGC